AUGGAAUCCAAAAGUAGAAAAAGAGAGCAAUGGAGCAGGAAAAGGGAAUAUAUUCUGGCAGCAGCAGGCAAUGUGGUGGGCCUGGGCAAUGUGUGGAGAUUUCCUUACCUGUGCUAUAAGAAUGGAGGAGGGGUUUUCCUGUUGCCUUACUGCAUCUUUGCUGUGCUGUUAGGCAUGCCACUCUUCCUGCUUGAGACUGUGAUUGGUCAGUACACACAGGAGGGCGCUAUCACCUGCUGGACCAAGCUCUGCCCCCUGGCAAAAGGGACUGGCUAUGCAAUCAUGGUGAUCCAGCUUUAUUCCAGAUUCUACAUCAUUAUCCUGGCAUGGGCCCUACUGUACCUCAUAAACUGUUUCAGAGACCCUCUACCCUGGGCCACUUGCAACAAUCCCUGGAACACAGACCUUUGUGUUGACCUCACCUCUGCAAACAACACUGAAGUACACGGUGGCAACUUGACCGGAAACUGGACAUCUAGAAAUAUCACCAAGUCUUCAGUCUCUGAGUUCUGGGAGAGAGGAGUGUUAUCCAUGUCUGGUGGAAUAGAAGAUGUUGGCUCAGUUAAGUGGGAGCUGCUGCUGUGUCUCCUGGCCUGCUGGGUUGCCUGCUACUUCUGCGUCUGGAAAGGUGUCCACUCUACAGGAAAGGUGGUGUAUUUCACAGCUGUGUUUCCAUACGUGACACUGGCCAUCCUGCUGGUCAGGGGUUUGACGCUGCCAGGAGCCUGGCAGGGUGUGGUCUACUACUUGUAUCCAGAUCCGUCUCGCCUGGCAGACCUCCAGGUUUGGAUGGAGGCUGCCGCCCAGGUCCUUUUCUCCUAUGGUGUUGCAUCAGGAACCAUAAUCACACUUGGCAGCUACAACAAAGUCAAGAACAACUGCUACAGGGACAGUCUGUGGUUGUGCAUGCUCAACAGCAGCACCAGCUUUGUUGCUGGUUUUGCAGUCUUCUCAGCUCUGGGUUACAUGGCCCACAAACAGGAAGUUCCAAUCAACAUGGUGGUGGAAUCAGGGCCUGGGCUGGCAUUCAUUGCUUAUCCUCAGGCUGUAGCCAUGAUGCCCCUGCCUCAGCUGUGGGCAGCCUGUUUCUUUGUUAUGCUCAUUCUUUUGGGACUGGACACACUGUUUGCAGGUUUGGAAACUAUAACUUCAUCAGUGAUUGACAUGUUCCCAGAACAAAUGCGCAAACCGUGGCGCAGAGAAAUCUUCCUCAUGUUCUUCUGUUCUGCUGGCUUUAUUAUACAGAUCUCCCUCACCACUCAGGGUGGAGUGUAUCUGUUCCAACUGAUCGACUACUAUGCAGCAAAUGGAGCAUGUAUAUUAUUUGUGUCUUUUGUCCAGUGUAUGGCUGUUGGCUGGGCCUUUGGGGCUGAACAGAUGUGCGAUGCAGUUAAAGAAAUGACGGGACAGAGACCAUCUAUUAUUUUUCAUCUGUGUUGGCGUUACUUCACCCCUCUAAUCUGCAUGGUUUGCUUCAUCUGCUCCUUCCUGGACUAUCAACCACUGAAAUCCAGUGGGGGUCAUGCGUACCCAGACUGGGCCUACUAUCUGGGCUGGUGCAUGGCUCUGUCCUCUGUGAUUGCAGUACCUAUCUGGGCUAUCUACAAGAUCUUCCUCACCCAGGGCACCCUCAGACAGGUAGCACUACCACACCCUGUAUCGUCUGACGGUACUGUGGCAUCCUGUUAA